CUUACUACUUAUUAGAAGUGACACGUACCUUUUAAACCUACCAUACAAAAAAGAAACUCUUGUGGUUGACGUGUAACUAAACUUCCCACCCAUUCAUUCAUUGGCUCUGUUCCCUCACACAUCACCAUUUUCCAAAUCCAAAUCUCUCUACAUAAAAAGAAGUUGAACAAGAAAAACACUCCACACAAAAACACCAAAACAACAACAUAUUGUUGAUAAACAAAUUAAACUUCGGUUCCUUGUUAUUAUCAUUUGCUAUAUCUUUGCAUGAAAGAGCAAGAAUCUCCUUCAAUGGAUCAAGAAACCCCAUCAACCACAAAGACCCAUGUUUGUAACAACAUGAAGAUUCAACAUGAUGUGGCCAUGGCAGAAGAUCAUAAUAAUGUAAGAGAGAAGCUAAAGAGGCAUAAAAUUUCAAUGGCAGGAAGGGUAUGGAUCCCAGAAAUAUGGGGUCAAGAAGAGCUCUUGAAAGAUUGGAUCGAUUGCACUUCAUUUGAAGCUCCUUUGGUUCCAAGCAGAAUCAUGAUGGCUAAAGCAGCUUUAGUUCAAGAGGGUAGAAGAACAAGUAGUGGUGGAUUAACAAUGCAAAACAGGACCAAGACGAGUUCAACAUCAACAAAAAGAUUUGGUGUUUUCAAGUUGGAUCUAAGUGGUUUAUGACUUUGGGUAAGAGUAGUUUAUGCUGCAGGGGUUGAAGGUGCACAAGAUUUUGGUGGUGGCAAUUGCAUCUUUUUCGCCAUGCAAAUACAUUCACCGCCACAUAAUUUUGGACCAUUAAGCU